AUGGUUUUGGAAGACGAGAGCAGCGACGACAACUCAAGCCUCCCGUACAUGCACUCCGAAACCUCCACCGAUGGGCUCAACCAGGUGCCUUUCUUUCUUGAGGACCCGGAUUACAAGGGUCUUGAGCUAGAUCUGAUAGUGUUGUGCGAGAAGCAUGGGAAGCCAUCAGAGAGGCUUGUUGCAUUUGAAGGAACAAUGACUGGGAGAAGGUUCUUAGCAUGUGCAGAGCCGGAUUACAUUAAGUUAUUUUACAAUGUGCUCCUCUUGCUUAGCACAUGGCUGUGCAAAUUCAGUGAAGGUCAAAAUUGUGGGUUUGUUCAGUGGGUUGAUGAGCAGUGGCCCCCAACAAUGGAGAAUGCAUUGCUGAAGCUUUGGUCAAUGGUUGAAGAGAGCAAGUCUGCUAGGGUGAAUGAUAAUCUUCAAAGUGCUUUAACUAUUCACCAUUUGGCAGAAGAAAAGAACAAGCUGGAUGCAGACUAUGACAAAGCUGAAUUGGUGGCUGGUAUGAAUGCAGAAAUGGCAAAGAAAGAUGCAGCUACAGAGAAGCUUCAACAGAAGUAUGAACUCCUAUGCAACCUGACAAGUGGCAUAUUUCCAACAACAAGUGCUCAAGCAACUGUCAUCCAAAACCUGAAGUUGAAGACUAUGAAAGAGAAGGAAUUGAUGAGUGAGGCUAGGAUGAAUUUGGAGUUGAAGAAUGCAGAGUUCACAAAGUUUGAGGAGAAGCUCACCCAAGAGAAGCUAGAGUUGAAGUUCCAGGUUGCUGAUCUGCUCAAGCUCAAGGAAAACCAUAAUGACGAGAAGCAGAUGCAAGAGUUUAAGAUUACUGAGCUCAUGAAGGCAGAGGAGAAGCUGAAGCAGAAGAUCAAGGGGAUCCAGGCCAUCUUGUAG